GAGAAAACUGACAUAGAAGGGACCUUAUUUGUGUACAAAAGGUCAGCUUCUCCUUAUCAUGGUUUUACGAUAGUGAAUCGACUGAACAUGCACAACCUGGUUGAACCAGUAAAUAAAGAUUUGGAAUUUCAGCUCCAUGAACCUUUUCUUCUCUACAGAAAUGCUAGCUUGUCAAUUUACAGUAUCUGGUUUUACGACAAGAAUGACUGUCAUCGAAUAGCAAAACUCAUGGCUAAAGUGGUAGAACAAGAAGCUCAGAGAUCGCAGCAAGUUUCCCAGGUCAGAAAAAGUCCCAGCAGAACCAAUGGCUGCAAUGAAAACAGGCCUAUUGACAUCCUGGAAAUGCUUAGUAAAGCCAAGGAUGAAUAUGAACGAAAUCAGAUUAGUGACUUAAGUAUUAUAUCAAGUUCUGGACUGCAACAAAAUGCAAAUCCUCCAAAGCCAGAAAGCACAGAGCCUUCAGAACAAAAAACUUCAUUACAAGUGCAAGAGCAGCCAUUUCAGUCAAGGCAGAAGCAUCUGACUUUGGAGGAACUGUUUGGAACCUCUGUACCAAAGGAACAGCCAGCAGCUCCGUAUCCCAAUACAGAGAGAAUGGAGAAGUUGCAGACUGACAGCUCUGCCAGAGAGCAGCACAGUUUGCUCUUGCCUUUUUCCUUUGACCAGUCAACAGUAAUACAACAAUCACUAGGGAAAUCUGAAAGUCCAAGCAUUAAAAGCAGUGCCAAUCCUUUGAAUCAGCAGGAAUGUUUAACACCUAUGCUAAUACCUCCAGCUUCAGUUUCCCAGCCUGAUACAAAAAAUGUUUCAAGCUAUUCAGUUCGUUUAAGCCCUAUUCUUAAUUCAGCCUCGACAGUGGAAGCUGCCCCUGCUCAGUUGCUUCCUGGCCUAAAACAAAACAACAGUAUAAUGCAAGUUAUGCAGCAAGCUGCCAAGCAGAUAUCCCCACUAGUGAAUCAGCCGCCAUCUGAAGUGAACCACGCUCCACAAAAUCUAAUGGCUGGCCAAAGCCAGCUUAUAGCACCCUUGACAUCAACAAAUACGGGAACUGUCUCAAAUACAUCACAUACAAGUGUUGAUCUUCUCCAGAAACUCAGGUUGACCCCACAGCAUGACCAAAUGCAACAGCAGUCUCUCACUAAGACUUCCUUAACACCAAACACCUCUGCCUCGGUUGGCCAACUUGCAACACCAGAAAGCUUCAAAGAAUCUCACAGUAAACCAUCAACCUUGAACAGCAAGAUAAUAUCUCCCCUUCAGACUGUACAACAAAACAAGGAAUCUGAAGUAUUUCCACAGCAGAAGACUUUGUCUAAAGCAAGUCAAGUUGCAACUCCACAGUUUGUUACAGCCCCAACUACAGUAACGCCUUCAAUCCUCUUGUCUCCUAGUGUUUUUCAGCAAUCAGCUACAAAAGCUGCUGAAGUGGAGAAUAAAGCCAAUUCUUCUUCGCCUUUAACACUUGGAACAACAGAAAUUCAGACUAUACCUCCUACUGUUCUCAGUAGGUCUCAGCUUCAAGAAGCACUGAUACAUCUAAUAAAGAAUGAUUCCCAUUUUCUCAGCACUAUUCAUGAAGUCUACUUGCAAGUCCUAACCAAGAAUACAGACAACAUUAAGCUAUAA